AUGCUUCAGCUCGGGGACGAGGUCUCCCUCUACUCGCUCGUCUUCGUGGUUAUCCUGCUGGGGACUCGGAGCCCGGUGUGGACGACAGCCCUCACCGCCUCCCUCUACCUGUUCCUGGCCAUGUUCCGGUUCCCCCAGGUCCCAGCCGGCCGAGCCCGGCGGGUGCUGCACCCCGUCCCCGGGAAGGUGUCGGUGGUCGCUCACCGGGGAGGGGGCCACGACGCCCCGGAGAACACCAUAGCAGCCAUACGGGAGGCCAGUAAGAACGGUGCGACCGGUGUGGAGCUGGACCUGGAGUUUUCCUCCGACGGCGUUCCCAUACUGAUGCACGACGACACCGUGGAUCGCACCACCAACGGCUCCGGGCCUCUCAGCCAGAUGAGGUUCGCUGAACUGAGAAAACUGGACUUAGCUGCUAAACAUCGACUCAGGGACAAGUUUGCAGGAGAGAGGAUCCCAACUCUGGAGGAAGCGGUGGAGGAAUGCCUCAAACUGCAGCUCACCAUCUACUUUGAUGUCAAAGGUCAUCCAGACGAGGUGCAGCCCAAAAUUUUUUUAAUUGAUCUCCAUUCAGGAAAAACAUUUAAUGAGGCAGAGGAGGCAGCCGCUGCCCUCAGAGACUUGUAUAAGAAGCAUCCGGGCCUGUACAACAGCAGCAUCGUCUGCUCCUUUGAGCCCAAAGUCAUCUACAGGAUGAGGCAGAGCGACCCCGAAGUGGUCACCGCCCUGACCCACCGGCCGUGGAGCCUGAGUCGUCUGGGAGACGGAGCUCCGCGUUUCCCGGCGGCGUGGAGACACCAGUGGAUGACGCUGAUGGACGUCUUGCUGGACUGGGCGCACCAUCACCUUCUGUGGAGGCUCUGCGGCGUCUCCGCCUUCCUCAUCCAGAAGAACUUCGUGUCGCCGGACUACGCGCAGUACUGGGCCCAGAGGGGGGUGGAGGUGGUGGCCUGGACCGUCAACACCAGAGUGGAGAAGGAGUACUACCAGGAGCUGCUGCACGUCAACUACAUCACCGACAGCCUGGUGGAGGACUGCGAGCCCCACUACUGA